AUGAAAGCCUGUUUCAAUCUCUUCAUUUUCAUUCCAUUACUGUUGUUCUCGUCUUCCGGAGAUGGUGCAAUUCUUCAAGUGGGACUACUGGCUGCUGCUGAUAACAGUACUGAACUCAGUUCGUUCAUCGGAUGGAGCAACGUGGCGGGAGCUCUUGGAGUUGCUUGGAGCCGUAUUGUCGAGUAUGGGCUUCUGCCAGGUUAUGAGACUAUGAAGUAGGUGAAAUAACAGACUAUUCGUUCCAAUCAGUAGUUGAGUAAGAUGAAUAUUUGGGUUGAACAAAAAAUGAUGUGAAUCGAUAUUGUUCUAAUAAAAUUUGAUGUUAUGAUUUCUGUAUAAUAAUCAACCUUCCCCCGCCCUCACCUCAUUUCCUAAUUUUGUCUAAUUUUUUUUUGUCCCUCUUCUUAAAAGUGUUCUAAUCGUUUUUCGCCCAAAUUUCUUAUUCAUCUAAUAACCCGGUUCCAUGUAUUAUAGGGGCACCGGACAGAAAGGGCGCGCUGUUCGCAAUCUGGCCGAAUUUCUAGGCCGCGAAGUAAUUUUCCACUGAAAAUGUGGCCUAACUUUUCAAACUCGGCCCCGAGGUCGCUCAAUUUGCACUGCAAAAGGAGUUUCUCAACAGAGCGCCAUUUCUGUGCGGUGCCCCUAUAAUACCUCAUGUACUUCCCCUCACCCUCAGAGGGUGAGGGGAAAGGACACGUUUUCGAUCGUCGGUUUUCACUUUUUGCUGUUGAAAAGGAAAAAUUUGACCCUGAAGAAGCCAGUUUUUGCGGGAAAGAAAUAGUUGUGCGUAGGGUAAAAUGCCGAGUGUGCAGUGAUUGCGUCGCGGUGUUCGAACGGUUUUUGUGAGAAGUUUCUCUAUUAUAGGGGCACCGCACAGAAAUGGCGCUCUGUUGAGAAAUUUUGCAGUGCAAAUUGAAGCGACCUCGGGACCGAGUUUGAAAAGGUAGGCCACAUUUUCAGUGGAAAAUUACUUCGCGGCCUAGAAAUUCGGCCAGAUUGCGAACAGCGCGCCCUUUCUGUCCGGUGCCCCUAUAAUACUUUUCAAUUAUCCUCUGUUAUCCUCAUACUAUCCUCAUAAAAUGAUGUGAAUCGAUAUUGUUCUAAUAUUUGAACGUGCUUGUACUCACGUAUAUUUUAGUCUGACCUGGGUACUGACCGACUGUAGAGAGGCAGACGCAGUUGGCUCCGUUAUCAAUUACGCGGAAGGAAAAGCUCAUGUGGUUUUGGGACCUCCUUGCACAAGACGUAGGUCUUACUGAGUUUAAAUAUUCCUAAGCAUGGCUCGAUUAUUACAGCUGCACAAGUGGCCGGAUCAGUUGCAAAAUAUCUAAACUUUCCACUGAUCUUAUGGGGUCCUCCGUUCGAUUCCAGUCUUCUAAACCAAGCCGAAUACCCUACCAUUGCCUCCACGACUUCAAGCACUUUAUAGUAAAAGAGUGAGAUUGGUCAUGUCAUUUCUGAAAACUUUCAGCCAAGCAAAAUCAUUAUUACGAAUGAUUUCCUACUUUCAAUGGACUGAAAUUGCAUUGAUUUACUAUGUGGCCAGAUCUGACUUGAUUCCUCGAUGCAGUCCUUUAAUAUCGGAUUUUGAAGAUUUAGUCAACGACAACGAUAACUUGACGAUCACUUAUCGGAGACAAAUGAGUGUGAUCACCAACACGAGCUACGCCAGUGUCCUAAAAAAUUUGAAGGAUUUGGCGAGAAGUUGGUUUCAUUUAACCGCACAAUUUGUUUGAAAUUUUAUUAAUACUUUUUCAGUUGUGAUAGUGUGUCUAGAAUCGAGUGAAGCUCGCCGAAACCUUAUGAUAUCCAUCGCCGAGCAAGGUAUGGACACCAACGAGUACGUUUUCAUCAUGGCUGAAUCGCGGAGAGCCGGCUUUUGUGAGUCUUCUUUUUUUUUGAAAUUCUUAGAAAUCUGUUUAGCCUCAUCAUUUUGGAAUGGAACCGACGGGAAGAAUGAUUUGGCUUUGAGGUCUGCCAAAAAGUUUUUGGUGAUGGAUUAUCAAAAAUACAAUGACACAGCUUCUUUUGUGGCUGAAGUCGAGGAUGCUUUUGCACAAGCACCUUUCAAUUGUGCUAACUGCACUAGUAUAGGUUGAAAUUUGCAAAACCUCCGCAGGAGAUCAUGAAAAAACAGUUUCAGAUCCACUGGUUUCUCAAGUCGGUCCUCUUGGUGACGCACUUUUGUUAUACGCCUACGCACUGAAUAAAUCUAUAACCCAAGGCAUUCCGGCGCCCACUGGAGCACAAUUUUGCGAAGUGGCUAAAGGAAUGACUUUUACUGGUAUUUUCAAAUACUCUUGCCAGUACCAUUACCUGAUAGAAUUUAGGAUUUACUGGAAAAGUGAUAAUAAAUCAGAAUACGACGCGGACUCCAAUCUUCAUAGUCUACAAUAUCGACUCGACGAAUACCGAAAUUUCAGUGAUGAGCAUAGAGGAAAAUUUAGAGGAGUCGACGGAUCCGGUAGCCACAAGCGUGAAUUAUCAAGUGAUUUUAGUUCACGGAAGAACAGAGCUCAUCUCUUUUCUGACCUCUCUUUCUCCGUGAGAAGGUAUUCUUAAAUAUUAACCUUUUUAUUUCAGAUAAAAUUUACGACGACUGCUUCGAAGAUCUGGGAUAAUUGGGGAAGCGCCGUGCCUUUGAGCACUCCAACUUGUGGAUUUACGGGCACGGAUUGUCCGAAAUCGUUCAGUGACCAAUACUUGGCUAUUAUUCUCGGGUGCACAGCGGCUGCAAUUGUUCUGAUUAUUGCUGUAAUCUCAACCAUCGUGUUUCUCGUUAGGUCCAAACGACAAGAAGAAGAGCGACUGAACCAACUGUGGCAGGUUCACUUUGCCAGUUUGACAAAACCGACCCAGAAGAACACGAUGCACAGCUCAAGAAGUUUGCAAAGUACCAUAACGACCAGUACAAAAGUGACCAUCAACUCGAAGAAAGAUACCGAGAGACACUCUUUCUUCCUUCUUAAUAAUGAGUCAGUGGUGGCCAGAAAACACAACUUCCGAGCGGUUUUCACGAAGAAUGAUCGAGCAAUGUUCAGAAAGGUUAGGACUGAUUAAUAAGCCCGAGAAUUCCGUUUCAAUUUCAGAUGAGAAACAUAGAUCAAGACAAUUUGUGCAAGUUCAUCGGCCUCUCCCUAGAUUCUCCCACUCUUUUGUCUGUUUGGCGGUAUUGUUCACGUGGAUCUGUUCAAGACGUUAUUGCCAAAGGAUCUCUUCAAAUGGAUUGGUUCUUCAAGUAUUCUUUGAUGCGUGACGUGGCCGAAGCCAUCUAUUACUUACAUCAUUCGCCGAUUGGGCCACACGGCUGGCUCAGCUCUUCCACGUGUCUUGUGGACGAGAGAUGGCAGGUCAAAGUCACUUUUUUUGGGUUGAGUGCUAUCAAACAGUUCGAAGUAAAAGAGCAGAAAGAUUUCCUGCACACGGCACCGGAGCACAUAAGAGAUAUACAUUUGCCAAUCACUAAAGAAGCCGAUAUCUACAGUUUUGCGAUUAUUUGUUCAGAACUGAUCACGAAGAAAAGCGCGUGGGACUUGGAAAAUGAGACGUAUGACAUUGAGGAACUGGUUUAUAAGAUCAAGAAAGGAGGCAGGAAUCCUCUUAGACCGUCUCUGGAAACUGAGGACGAACACAAUGGGUCCAUGUCUCUUUUAGUGAGAGAUUGUUGGAAUGAGAACCCGGAUCAGCGGCCGACAAGUGAGCAAAUCAAGACACUCAUGAAGAGCAUGAAUCAUAACCGAUCGUCUAACCUAAUGGAUCAUGUUUUCAACGUUUUGGAGCAAUACGCUUCCAAUCUGGAAGAUGAAGUCCAGGCGAGAAUGAAAGAGCUGACGGAGGAGAAGAAGAGAAGUGAUGUGUUGCUGUACAGAAUGCUUCCAAAGUCUAUAUCUCUCUUUCUAUCAUUUGUCUAUGUAUUUUUCCAGACAAGUAGCUGAAAAAUUGAAGCUUGGUCAGUCGGUAGAGCCUGAAACAUUUGAUUGCGUCACCAUAUUCUUCUCUGACGUGGUAUCCUUCACCACUCUCGCCUCGAGAUGCACCCCUCUUCAAGUUGUCAACCUUCUGAACGAUCUCUACACUACUUUCGACGCGAUUAUUGAACAACACGAUGUGUACAAGGUAGAAACUUUCCAAAACAGUUAAAAGAACAAGAAAAGCUAACUAGAAGUAAAUUUUCAGGUAGAAACAAUUGGAGACGGAUAUCUUUGCGUGUCAGGUCUUCCGCACAGAAAUGGAAACGAGCACGCGCGGGAGGUUUCUGAAAUGUCUUUUUCGCUUUUGAAAGCAAUCAAAACUUUCAAAAUUCCACAUUUGCCGAAAGAAAGGAUAAAUAUUCGAGUUGGACUUCAUACUGGUCCCGUAGUUACCGGAGUUGUCGGAAUGACAAUGCCCAGGUAUUGUCUGUUCGGAGACUCGGUGAACACUGCCAGUCGAAUGGAGAGCAAUGGAAAGCGUGGGUUCAGAGUGCCCAUAAAUUGUUAUUGUUCCUGUUUUCAGCGGGAAGAGUCCACAUCAGUACGGAAUGCAUGAAGUUCUUGACGGAAGUGAUCGGUGGAUACCAGACAGAGCCAAGAGGAGAAGUGAUUGUGAAGGGCAAAGGAGCGGUCACAACGUACUGGCUUCUCACCGAAGAGGAAAUUGAUGCCAAGAACAAUGACCCAACUGCGUGA